ACAGGUAUUAGGAGAACGUUUUUGCACAAUAAAAGAUUGUCACCAUUGCCAUAUUUCUACAAUACAGCUUUUUCUAGGCUGCCCCAAUUUCUUAGAAUUUUAUUUUGUGAUACUAGGUUUUAGGCAUGAUGUGGGAUUUCCCCGCCACCACCCAACGAUCGAUCAUUGUAUACCAACCUGAACCUGUCGGCGAACGAAGGGUUAUACACUCGAAAGAACAAACACUAUGAUGAACAAAUCAAUGUACACAUCAACAGUGAAAAGAUUCAUCCUCGGCUAUUUGUAUUUUGGUCGAGUGAUACCAAAGUAUUACUCAGAAAAAUCCCCCAGUGUCGAAAUAUGGAAGCUGACGUUAUAAUCAAUAUGACACACCUUCAAGACCUUGAAAGGUACGAUUAAAUUGAAUGUAUUAAUAUUCUUCACUCUGCAAUUCGCAGCUCUUAGAUGCGUUUACGAUCCCAUCACUAAUAUUGAUCGACAAAUAUUUCACCUUAAAUUUUAUCGAAAUUUAGGCUACAAUGGCUGAUAUUUUGAGUGACAAAUUCAUGUUGAAAUUGGCGAAAAAAAUCGAUCCUUCGCAUGUGCCUCCACAGUAUUUGAGCACGUACUUAGAUUUCACUGGAGCCCUAGGUUCAGAUGCAGCAAUAGUGGGAAACAUGACCUUAAAUCAAGGAAAUGCAUACCAGAAGAUCUUCGGCAACUAUACGAUGAAACAUGGUCGCAAGGAGGACAGUGCCCUGAAACUCACCAAGAUGUUUCUAGAAAAUGAUAUGAAGGACUGUGCUGAUCUUGUCAAAGGAGAGUUAAAGAAGUUUGGAAUCCCAGUACCUUCAGAUGAAGAACUGACUGUCGAUCAACCAGUGUCGCUUCCCACCCCUCCACGUGACAUCCCAGGCGAGGAAUUAGAAGCCACUGGUGCAAAAACAAAGAUGGAUUGCGAAAAAAUGGAAACGGACUGAAAGGAACUGGAAGGUCUCUUUUGUGUGCGUGGGGGUUAAACUUAAUUCUAUUCGAUUUUUAUUUUAUCAUAUUUGAAAAUCUGAAUUUAUUAAUGUAAAUUUAUCUCAUUAUUUUUUCCUAUUUUUUAUUUAUUUUUCUUCCAUUAGAUGUCUAUAAUUUCGAUUUUUCGAAUCAAUGUGGAUUAAGAUUAACGUCAUUUACCCAUUAUGCCGAUUUCAAUUAAUAUACCUAAUUUUGCUACAUUUCACGCUUCAUAAUUACAAUUUCAUGGUAAUUUUAGUGAUCAAUUGUAUGUUUUAGUAUCAUGAGCAAUAGGUAGAGGAUUGCUGAAACUGCUUGAAACAUGUACGUCUUGACAUGGGCGGCAUCCAUGGGAGGGGGAGGGGCAUCUUAAUUUUGUACUGCAAUAUUUUUAUUAGAGAGAUAGCCUUGACAGUUGACACCCCAGCCUUGACGGAAACCUUAAGACAUUACCUUUGGCACACUUUGGCCUAGAAUUCACAUUGCAACUUUUUAAACUUUUGAAAUUGUAUAUUGAUUUUAUAUCAUUCAUUAUUUUCAGAUUCAGGUUGACUUUUUCAAAUCAUGUAAAUAUUGCUGUUUUAUUGUAUUUAAGGGAUGGUAGUAGUUUUUGAUGCUGCACAAAACUCACAUUCCACAUCUAUUUUCCUAUUGUAAAAAUGAUAAAUCAUUGUCGUGAAAGCUUAUUCAUUACCCGUCCAUACUUGGUGUAGCGUUGCCUGUAUUAUCAUAAUUAAAAAAGCACAGCAGUGAAUAACAAAAUAGACAAUGUUUCAUGGUUUGUAAAAAAUGUUCAUACAGUGGAAAGCCAAGGGCGUUUUACCUCCACGUAGCAGAUCAACGCGUUAUGAUAGUGUGUAGUUUGAAAAUAACAAGUCAUGGUGUUUUCAGUAUGUGGAUAUCGUGCACUUAUUAAAGCGACAUUUGGCCUACUUGGUUAUAUUCAUAUUGUGCUUGUGUAUUUUGUUAGGCCUUUUUAACUUUCAUUUUUUUUAAAUCAGGAGUUUACAUUAUGCCUUAAAACGUCAUCAGUACUAUAUAAGGUAGGAUUCAUCGCGGGAAAUUUCAACGAGUUCUCAACCAUUCAUCGUUCGUGCAUUGAAAUCCUUAGAUCAUGUAGAUGUUCAGUUUACAUAACAUAUUCAGCAUGGUUGGCAUUUUCCCCCCUUUUUAUAUACGAAAUGCUAAAAUUGAUUGAUUGAUUGAUUGUUUUUAUUUCUGCAUUCAAUGCAUCAGAUAUAAGUUUACAAGGUGACAUGUACAAAUGUAAUAUAUAUAUAAAACAAAUUAUAUAAGCAAAAGAUGGUACAUGUACAUCUUCAUUGAUCAAGCUGCAAUGCAAGUGCAGGUGCAGGGAGCAGUUGAUGUUUAUGAGUACGAUGCAUAAGAUUGAAUGGGUUUUCUUUUAGCUAUAUCUAGGAGUAUAUAGUUGAGCAUGAUUUAAUAUUGUUUGGAAAAUUGUUCCAAAUAUCGGGACCACAAUGUCUAAUGGAUUUAUGGGUUAUUAAUAACUUGGGGUUAGUGAGAUAGAUAUUUCCAGAAAUGCGGGUUUGAUAGGAGUGGACAGACCUGUUAUACAUAAACAUAUUAUCAAAGGAUGGGUGAGUUGAUUAUUGAUAUACUUGAACAUAAAGAUUGCUACUUGAAUAGAAUUUAUAUAAUUUCUUUAAAUGUUUUAAGUUUAUGAAACAGGGGGUCAGUGUGAGCUAAGUAAUGUGACCAUGUACUCAUACGGAUGGCUCUCUUUUGUAGUUUGAAGAUAGAAUUGAGUUUAAAAGAACCACAAUUAGCCCAAACGACAUCACAGUAUGUUAUAAAAGGGAGGACUAAAGAAUUGUACAAUAAGAAUAUAUGUUUUAUGAGGAAAUUAAUAAUACAAUACCUUUUGAAACGCACAAUGUAACAUGAAAUAUGUGUUGAUUCCUGAUAUAAAAAUUAAUAUAUUAUGUCACCUAAAAAUUUAUAGUUGUUUUUCUGUUCUAAUGGUGUGCCGUGGCUUUAUUGGCUUUGAACCAGUUUGAUUUUACGAUUUGUGUAUUGUAUUAAGGUCUUUGUGAAAAUAACAUUAUGUUUGUGUCGUCGGAAAAUAAGACAAAUGACAAAACUGAGGAGGUUUUGAUAAUGUCAUUAAAAUAUUGAGUAAUAAUAAAAGUGGGCCUAAAUUGGAACCUUGAGGAACGCCGCGCCGCAGCGAAUUAAAAGAGAAUCAGAAUCAUUAUUGCUAAAAGUUACAUUAUUAUAGCCUUUGAUUAUAUAAGUAAUCUUUAAACCAUGAAUGAGAUUGGCCUCGUAUAUCCCAUAAUGGUUGAGUUUAGAAAGUAACAUAUCGUUGUUAAGGAUGUCAAAUGCUUUACUAACUAAGGUCACAAUAAAUACCAAUUACGUGUUUUUUGUUAGCUCUAGAA